AUGACACUUCGCUCAGAGCAGCCAGGGGGCCGUGUUCCACUUGUUUCCACCUACUCGAGGGUCCCUUCCAAGGGUGCCAACACCCGCCCUAGACCCAACAUCCCCUCCCUACCUAACCGCGUAAAGCAGCCCCAGCAUCUCUCCCUCCUUCCGGCCUCUCCCUCCGCGCCCUGCCGCCUCUCCGACCGCGCCCCCGAACGCAGCCGGGUAGCUCCUCCUCCGGCCGUGUCUCCGCGGCCAAGCCGCCCGCCCACCCGCCGGCGCCAAGGUCUUCUCAACCCGCCAGCGGAAGGAUGCCGGGCCGGGCCUCCCAGGCUCCUCCCGGGCCUACCUGCAAGGCGGGCGGAGGCUCCGUCUGCAGCCCAGCGACGGGACCCAACCACCGACAAGAAGAAGAGGCAGGAAGGAAGCAAGGGGUCCGCUCUACCGACCAGCGGAAGAAAGCAGCCUGAGCGCGGGGCCUCGCGGAUAAGUCAGCCUUCGACCCGGCGCCGCCACCGCUCAGGAGACAUCAAGCAAGAAGACGGCGCAAAAGAUCACCGAAUACACGAACGGCCCAGACAUCAUAGGAUGAGCGCCCAGCCAAUCGUUCAAGGAGAUGCAGUCGAGCGCCGAAAAACUGCUCCGCUCCAACCCUAG